GCAUAAUGUCUCCUCAAAGUCGUCAACCCCUCUGGCUCAGAUGCGAGACUAAACCUUUCGAGCGCCGGGCUGCUCUGACACCGAGUACCGCGCGUGAGCUCAUCAAGGAUGGGUUCACCAUUACAGUUGAGAGAGACCCCCAACGUAUAUUUGACGACGAGGAGUACGAAACGGUUGGAUGCACCUUGGCCAAGCACUCGUCCUGGCCAGAGGCCCCAGUUGAUACGCCCAUCAUUGGUCUCAAGGAACUUCCAAUUUCCACCAUGCCGCUGAAGCACACACACAUCCAGUUCGCUCACUGUUACAAGCACCAGGGCGGAUGGCGCGAAGUAUUGAUGCGUUUUCACAAAGGGAAGGGAAUGUUAUAUGAUCUCGAGUUCCUCCAGGAUGAGAAUGGCAGGCGCGUUGCUGCAUUUGGUUACCAUGCUGGUUUCGCUGGCGCUGCAGUUGGUGUCUUUAGCUGGAGUAAGCAGGGGAGGAUCCAUAAUCUGGAGCCUUACGAAACCGAAGCCGAAAUGAUCACCGCUGUCAAGAACGCUAUUGCGGGGAAUCCGCCAAGAGUUAUGGUAAUGGGAGCCUUGGGGCGCUGUGGAAGGGGAGCGGUCGAUCUUUUCAAGGCUGUAGGAAUUCCAGACGGAAACAUAUUGAAGUGGGAUAUAGCGGAAACUGCGAAAGGCGGUCCUUUCGACGAGAUUCUUGAUGUCGACAUUUUUGUUAACUGCAUUUACCUGUCAUCCAAGAUCCCAGCCUUCAUCACGGCAGAUCAGAUUUCCGCUGCUGGUCCCAACCGUCGACUUGCGUGCGUCGUGGACGUCAGCUGCGACACGACGAACCCCAACAAUCCACUGCCGGUUUACUCCGUGAACACAAACUUCCGCGAUCCAAUUCUCCUGGUACCUAUGGGCGAGGGAAACCCUCCUCUACAAGUGUGCUCUAUAGACCAUCUCCCUACCUUGUUACCUCGCGAGGCAAGCGAGCAGUUCAGCCGGGAUUUACUUCCCUCGCUGAAACAGCUCCCAACAAAAAGUGAAGCCAAAAUUUGGAAAGAAGCGGAGGUUCUAUAUCGUCGCAAAGUCGCCGAGGCGCUCUCACAGGAGUAGUUAUAGUUGAUGUGCUGCUCUGUACCUCCACAACUCUUAUUUGAAUCCCUUGAC